CGAGUACGCAGCAACACCGCACAGUAGUUCUAAACUUCUGAUAGUGGGUCAUUGUGAUGUUUCUUUCGCCAGUGUUUAUGUUUCGUUUUUACUAAUAGUUCGUCGAAUGGUGGUCGUAUAAUUUUUAUCAGAGUAGUAAUGGUUUUUGUAAUUUCGUUUGCGUCGAUUAAAUAAAUAUUAUGGAAUUUAGUUCGUUAUUAUAAGUAGUGUUUUAAUUUAAUAUUAUAUUCAUUUAUGGCGACAUACAACGGAGAUUCAUCUCAGUCCAAACGUGCAAGAAAUGAUGAUAAAGUAUCGAACAAUUUUCAGAUAAACUGUACUGAAACGAAUAAUACACCGAAAAUUGAUACUGCAAUUGCUAUAAGGCGUAAACGGCCAGAUUUACCGCCUAAUCAUGUACUUUUAUAUACCAUACUGAAUCCUCGUUAUCCAAUUACAACGGAGGUCAUUAAUACCAUAUCUUCGCCGGUUGGAAAAGUAAACCGUAUCGUUAUUUUUCGAAAGAGAGCCGUUCAAGCUAUGGUCGAGUUUGCAGACGUAGAGACAGCUAAGAGGGCCAAGGAAGCGUUGGAUGGAGCAGACAUCUACUCUGGAUGCUGCACGUUGAAAAUCGAAUUCGCCAAGCCCACCAAAUUAAACGUUUUCAGAAACGAUCUGGAUAGUUGGGAUUUCACGAUAGGCAAAACUCAUACCAGCAAUAGGCCAGCGUUAUUACCCGAACCUGUAGGAAAAGGAUUACUUCAGACUACUUCGGUGCAACCUAUUCAAAUAGAAAUUGACAGGACACGCCCUUCGUCGUAUUUAGUUCCUCCAUCGUUGUUCCACUUCAGUUCAGAACCAUCUAAUGGAAUUGAUGUUUGUAAUCCGUACAUUACAGGAGGAAUUAUCGCCCCGCCACCUCCUGCAUUGCCUCCUCCGCCGUUACCACCGCCUCCGCCUCCUCCUCCUCCGACGUCACCUGUAAUGUCAUCGAUGGAAGUGGUGCCUUCUGGAGUAUCUACCAAUAACAACGAUACGUUGGGCAGUAUCACUGUUACGAGUAUCGAAAAAAGUACGACUGCGGUAUCUGUGGGUACUUUGACUACCUUUCAACCUGCUCCUAUUGCUAGUUCACCUGUAUUAAUGGUUUAUGACCUCGAUCCUCUAAGAACAAAUUGCGAUCGACUUUUCAAUUUAUUUUGUUUAUAUGGUAACGUAGUAAGGAUAAAAUUUUUAAAAACUAAAGAAGGCUGCGCCAUGGUUCAAAUGAGUGAUCAAUACGCUGUGGAUAGAUGUAUGGCUAAUUUAAAUCCAACCGAUAUGUUAGAUGGCCGUGAAUUGUCUCUUGGGUAUUCGAAGCAACCGUUCGUUAGCGAAAACAGAGGCUCAUUUACAUUACCAGACGGUACCGAAGGGUUUAAAGAUUAUUCUAGUCAUAGACAUAAUAGAUACUAUAAUCGCGUGUCGUCUCUAAAAAACAGAAUCCAGCCUCCUUCUAGGAUAUUGCAUUUCUAUAACACUCCAACCAACAUUUCAGAAGAAGAAUUAGUCGAUGUGUUUAAUAGCGCUUUAGAAGGAAUUAGAGUUGUACGCUUAAAGUUGUUUCCUAAAAGAGGCGGUGUCGAUGGUAUUGUCCGAAGCUCAACUGGUUUAGUGGAAUUUAAAUCUGUUCCCGAAUCCGUCGAAGCUCUAAUGACGUGCAAUCAUUUACCAGUAAAAUCUCAAGGUAAUAAGUUUCCAUACAUAAUGAAAUUAUGUUUUUCCGCUGCCAAGAGUAUUCACCAUAUACCGAGGGAGAAAUCAUUGACGAUGUCCGGAUCGACGUGUGAUAAAUGCAAAAAGUAAUAAAGUGAACAAAAGAAAUCGUCUCGCAUAAGUCAUGUGAUUCCAAAUUCCUCCUAAUUUUAUUAUUAAGUAUUUAAUUUUUUUUUUCGAACAUUGUCAAUUAUUAUAUUUAGAUAAGUACCUGGUUCAAUUAUAUUUGUUGCUAUUUUUACGACGAAUUUUUCCGUAUGACCUUGUUAGCGUUUAGUGGUAUAUCUUUUUAUUACGUUAAUUGUUAGCUUAUAGUUUAAAUGUGUUUUUUUUUGUGUACGUGUUUUACUAUUCUAUUUAAAAUAGCGUAGAUGUGAAAAGUUUACGCUGUCGGUUGUAAAUGUCUGUGAUGUAUUUAAUUUCUGAAAAAUAUUUUAAAUUCGGUUUUCCUAUAAUACUUGAAAUAGUGUUUCAAACACUAUAGAAAUGUUAAGUAUGCCGAUCCUACGUUCUUUCCCUCUUCCUCUACCCUUCCCUCUUUUCGUUAUUUAAUUUUAUUUUUUUAUUUUAUUUCAUUUUUUCGUUUAUUUAUUUAUUUUUUUUAUUUUGCAAAAGGAAGUACAAAUUCAUUUUUUUUUUUUACUAAGGAUCGAAUAAGUAUCUACGUGUAGCUGUUAAGCAAUAAUUUAUAAUGUACGUGUAUUUCGCGCCGGCAAAAAACGACGAGGCAUGAAUUGAUAAUACUCUUUGGGGACGCUGUGAUAAAGAGGUUUGUAAGAUUAUGAAUGAGUAUAAACCAUGAACGUGAACGUGAGCGAGACGACGUUUUUUUUUUUUUUUUAAUUAAACCGUACAAAAUUUACUUUCGCCGAAUUUUUGAAAAAUUCCUAAUUCUCGGUACGAGUACUUUUAAAAGAUUUUCUAUCCAGAUAAACCAUCGUCAUUUUUCGUCGUUGUAUAACACAGUGUGUAGCGAAAACUCGAAUGAUGGGGUGGUUCUCGGUAUGGUAUUCCUCGUUUAUAAUUUAAACCAGCAUUCGGUAUAGUGGAAUUCGUUAAAAUUUCAUUUUAUCAUAACCCGUGAAAAUGCUUCUUACCGUAAUCUCGAGAACAUGCCACGAUACGGUGCAUAAAUCGCAUUCGCAUCGUACGACUAGACUACACAUGCCAUACAGGAAAACCAGCAUCGUCGUCGAACUGAUUCAUAAAAUAUGCUCGGGGUAAUUUGAAACAUCUUCCGGAUCGAGUGAAAAAUAUACAUCUUGAUUUACCCACCUUACCUAUACUUACAACGUAGAUAGGUACGCGGUUUUAUACAUAUUUUCUCGCAAUUGUGUCGGUCCCCGUCUCGGUAUCGAAGCUUCGUUAUUUUAUUUUUAUUUUUAACCUUUUAACAAAUUUUCCUUUUUACUCGAGCGCAUCUUAUGGUGUGGUUUACAUGUAAAGUGAUACUAGAAAUAGUAACCCAUCAAGUUGGUUGAUGUUUCGGUACGUGAUACCAUCGAUCACGUUAUAGAGAAUCAUUGGCAAGAAUUUACAGCGGGGGAUUGCAAAGUGGAAUGACGUUAGUUUUUAAAUUCUAUAGUUCACUCGGUUUUUGCCUUCGUGUUGUAUCGUCGUUUUGUUGCAAAUUUGCAUUCGCAGAUGUAUUGUUUUGGAUAGAUGCAGAAAGAUGAAAAAGAUAGUUCCUCUUUUCGAUCAAUAUUUCUUAGUAUGUAUUAAGUGUAUAGGUACAACACGACCAAAGAAUUUCAAAUCAUGUAAUGUAGGUCUAGAUUCCCUGUUUUAUGGAUAAAAGUUGAUUCGUUUAAUAUCAUCGUGAAAAAAAUUUUGAAAGUUGUAAAAAUCGAAGUUCACCAUUUAUUUAGAUCUUGAAUUUUUAUUAUUUAUUUUUCUAAACCAAAGUGUACCGGAGUGAGUUGGGGUUGUUUAUUUUUUUCAAAUUAUAAAGAAGUGUGCAUAACACUUUACAUUUUUAUAAUUUCUCAUGUUUUUUUUGUUUUUUUUGUUUUUCAAAAUUGGAGUCUAAGGGGACACUUUGAAAAUGUUAAAAACGAUCUAUGACACGAAAUUUUCAUUUUUAGGAAGGGGAGGGGUGUCACAGAAUUCAAAUUUUAAAAAAUGAGCUGAUAAGUAUUCGAACUCGAACGCAUCUCCUUCAAAUUUAUAACAAUUCAUAGCUUUUUGUGAGCUAAGGGAGCUGAAUCUCCUCUCCACUCCAAAGAGUGCUGUGACGCAAAAUUUGAAACUCGUGAAAAAUUGGAAAAAUCAAGUGAAAUUAACUAACUAAAUUUUUCUGAUGAGCUUGAUUUAGUCCCUUCGGAUUUUCAGACGACCCAAACAUUCGUACUUGGACUUUGGAUGAGUUGCAUAUUCAACUCUUCGAAGGAGGGUCUUUCGUUAAGGGAUGCCUUGUUAAAGGGAUUCCUGAUGCUUUCUUUUACAUAUUGUAUUCUGCUCUAUUCCUGACUUAGCACUUCAGUUCUCAAAAUUUUACUUUUUUGAUUGCUUAAGUUCCAGGAACUUGAAAAACAACUUUGAACAAGAUCGAUGAAAUUUCACUCAGGUGCCUAUUGAUCAAACUCAAAAUCAAUUUUCCAGCUUACUCUCGUACACUUUAUCUUAAAAUUUAUGUUGUAAUUCAGAUGAUGAUUCAGACUUGAAAUAAUGAUUGUUACCUCGCUAUUAUUACUACAUAAUACGAUGCCAAAACGAAAAUACAUCCUAUUUAUUUCCUUCAUUGAUGUUCUAGCUUCUGUAUUGAUCGCAAAUUGAGCCUCGAUAGCGUUAUAUUUAUUUGAACUGUGAAUUAUGAUUUACAUAUUGUCAAUUUAUCAUUCAAUUAAUUUAUACGAUGAAAGUUUUUUUUUCAACUAUGAAAGCAUAUUUAACCGAUUGAUAAAAUUUUUCUAUUAUGUUAUGGCAAUUUUUUUGUGAGCUUUGAAUGAUUGAAAAGGUAACUUUUCACGUGCUUAAUAUUUACCUUUAUAAUUCGUACCAAUAUUGCAAUUUACCUAUACCUAUACCUACAAUAUAAGUAGUUGAUGAAAGUAACGAAAUAGUUCGUAUUAAAUUUUCUAUUUUAAAGAAGUCGAUUACCAUGAUGUCAAUUUAUCCUUUUUUCUCUCUGACUCUGUUUUUUUUUCUUAUUACUUACAGAACCAGAACCCGAUUUGAUACACCUUAUUUAUAUAAGCAAUAGAUAAUACCAACGUUGUACUUGUGAUUAAGCGAAGAAAUUUUUCACACGAA